AUGUUACUUUGUUACAGAUCUAGAAAUAUACUACCCCGUUUUCUGAGAUUUAUACCCCAGCAGCAGAUAAUAAUGUCAAAAUAUAGUACAGAGACAUUGUUCACAGAUUCACAGCAAGCAGAUUGCUAUGCAAAAUUUAGACCUCAGUACACUGAUCAGGUCUUUCAAAGAAUUAUCGACUUCUGCAAAACUGGGUGCAGUGAUUUUGACUUGGCUGUGGAUGUUGGUUGUGGCUCUGGACAAAGCACGGUGCCGUUGGCUCGAUACUUCAGAAAGGUUAUUGGUGUUGAUGUCAGUGAGCAGCAAAUUUUAAACGCUCCAACAAAUAUUCCGAACGUGACCUUUAAAGUGUCAUCAGCUGAAGACUUGGGUUUCGUCAAAGCUGCUUCCACCGACUUAGUCACAAUAGCACAGGCGUUUCACUGGGUCAAUGAGGACAAAUUUUUUGCUGAUGUGAGCCGAAUUCUGAAGCCAGGCGGAUCUUUAGUGGUUUAUGGCUAUGGGAUUUGUGAACUUCUUCCAAAAGAAGCAGAUGGAGUUUUUCAACAUUAUUACGCCGAUGUUCUUGGCCAGUAUUGGGCUGAGGGUCGACAGAUGGUCGAAGAGAAAUAUGCCACUGUCCGUCUGCCAUUUCCAGGCUGGAUCAGAGAUGACAGUUUAGUCAUCGAGAAGCAAUGCAGCGUGGCUGACUUCAUUGGGUACAUGGGUUCAUGGUCAGCUAUCAUCCAGUACAACAAGGUCAACCCUGAUGACAACUUGUUGAAACAGGUGGAGCAGAGACUCCAAGCUGUAUGCAACAGUGAUACAGAAAGUGUUGAGUCUAAACUGACAGUUGUAUGGCCAGUUUUUAUGUUGAUGGGACACAAACCAAAAUAA